AUGGAAGUCGCGGCCCCUGUGUUUCGACGAGCGUGUCCUGAUUCCCCGGAGCAGCUGGUAAACCUUCCAAACGUACUCUUGUCGGGAAACGUCAACCUUCAGAACUUUGUUGUCAUUGAUAUCCUCCUGAGUGUGACCAUGGCUCGACCCAUGCUCUUCAAAUACGACACUACCUACACUCCCAAUACUUUCCAUCGGUUGAUGGAUGGUGAAUGCGGGUUUGAGUGGCUUUACGGUAUUCCAGACCAGUUCAUUGUCUUGUUUGCUUGGAUCAAUAGCCUCGCAGAGGACUAUGGUCCCAAUGUCGACCCUCAGCACAUUGCUCGAAUCGAAGACCAGAUACGCGACGCAAAAACCAAGUCGUCUGCCUCUCCGUCCUCUGAUCCAAUACGGGCAAUUAGAAGAAUAGCCGUGCAGGAAUGUUGGAGACAGACUAUGUAUGCGUAUCUAUACCUGGUAAGGCGGGUUUCCCCCACGCUGGUCAACUUCCGAGUGCUCAUUGCCUUCACCACCAGGUUUUGUGUGGAGCGUGUGCCGAUGACCCUCGAAUCAUGA